AGAUUCAUUUUUUAAGGUCCCUUGUUUUGGGUUCAAAGGUAAUUCAAAUUUAUAUUAUAAUUACAUUUACAUGGUAUUGAGCUUUCAAGAACAUUUGGUCUUUAAAUUCUACAAGUUUAACCAAUCACCAAAAAAGAAGUUAUUUACAGUCUAACAUUAUAUUAUUAUAAUAAAAUAGUAUAAAUAGCUGGAGAAAAUGUGAGGGAAUGGGAAAAGGGUCAAUAUUCUGCAUACUUUGUAAGUGUUUGACUGAAACAAUUCCUGGCAAAAACUUUAUUUUUAUCAAAUUUUAUAAACUCAUCAUGAAAAUACCAAUAAAUAAAUAAUAACAAUAAUACCAAAUAAAUAUGAUAUUUUUUAAUACGCUCUGGAAUAUUGAUUGGAAAAAAUAAUUUUGUGUUUAAUUUAUUUGGCAAAACCAAUAAAUAUUUAUAUAGACUUCCAGGGUGUUAGAACUUCGCAAUUGUAGCUGUUGGGAAUUUCUGUGAAAAAUUUUAAAAUCCAACAUAAAAAAUAAAGGCUAGCUAAACACCCUGACUACUUAUGAAGAAUAAAAAUUGUACUCAAAGGAUGUACAUAAUGUAUUAUAAACAUGGUAGUUUUCAGAUAUGGGUAUUUUCGUUUUGUGUGAUAUCACAUAUACAUAAAAAAUUUAGAGCUUUAUAGGCAGAUAUUUAAAUUUAAUCAGGUUGACUAUUGACAAAGCCACUAUUGUUAAAGUACCACAAAAAUGUUACCUAAAAUUGUGCCUUACCUUAACAUACCUUUCGCUUUGAUUCGCAUAAAAGUGAUUGGAUCAUAAGUGAUUGGAAAUCAAACCAUCAUAAAUUCCAAAAGUAUUAUAAUGUGUUUUUUUUUGUGACUUCAGAAUAACAAAGUAAAAAAAAUAGAUUUGAUUAUUUUGUUUGUUAAUAACAUACUAAAUCUUCAUGCCGUGAGACUAUUAUUUCUUCAGAAAAUGAGAAAUAUUCAUAAUGCCCAUGGUCAAAGCCUUAUUAAAUUCAGUCUGUUUACUUCCUUUUUAAUACAGAAAAUGAGUGAACAACUUAAACUGUGAAGAGGUGUAUUACAUAAGCUUUAGAGAUAGCUGCAUUAAAAUUUUAUGAUGCCUCAAAUAUGCUUAAUUUCCAAGGUUUUAGUUUAGUAAAUCUGGUAGAUAAAAUUGUAAAUGCCAUCCACAUUUUAUGUUAUAAGAAUCUAAUCUUGAGUUCAGCCUGGAUGUUUCACCUCUAUUUUAUGCCUUAACAAUGAUUUUGUUUAAAUGUGCUUUAUACUUUUUCUUAUACCUAGGCCUCAUGUUUCUUAUAAUGUGUUUCUUAUUAAAAGAGGUAAAUCGCAUCUUUUUUUGUAUUAUUAAUAAUAAGCUAGACACAAAUACUUUGUUUUGUUUUUUUAUGUGUUUGUUGUCAUUUAAUUUUAAGGAAUAUUUCAUCAGGUAAUGGUACCUAUUUUAUAUAUAUUAUUUUAUUACAAAACAUAGAAAAACUGAUAAUUUUUUUGAUAUGUCUGCAUCAAACACAUCAAAUGCUGAAGAAUCAUGUACAGUUCAAGCUCCACAAAAGAAAAACUUUCGUCAACGUGCACAUUCUAACCCACUAGCAGAUCAUUCUUUUCUGUAUCCAUUAACUCCUGCCAAAAUGAAUUGGCACCCCUUUUACCCAGAAUUUUUCUCUAAAGAUGGAAAAGCAAAGGACAAUAUUCAUAAAGUUGAUAUAGUUGAUGUGGGUUGCGGUUAUGGUGGUAUGUCGAUGGCACUUUCAGAAUUAUUUCCAUCGUCUCUUGUACUUGGUAUGGAAAUUCGUGUAAAGGUAUCAGCAUAUGUCCAUCAACGCAUUUUAGCUUUGCGCGACAAGCAUAAAGGAAGGAAAUAUCAAAAUGUUGCUGUAAUUCGUACAAACGCAAUGAAGUAUUUCACAAAUUUCUUUCACAAAGGACAACUGAAGAAAUUAUUUUUCUUGUUUCCAGACCCUCAUUUUAAGAAGUCGAAAAAUAAAUGGCGUAUAAUAAGCACCACAUUAUUGUCAGAUUAUGCUUACUUGAUGCAAGAUGGCGGAAUUGUUUAUACGAUAACAGAUGUGCUCGAACUUCAUGAAUGGAUGAAAUCGCAUUUCUUGGAGCAUCCAUUAUUUGAAGAAGUAAAUGAGGAGCAAUAUAAAGAUGAUCCUGUUGUCCCGUUGUUGUCAGAGAGUUCCGAGGAAGGGAAAAAGGUUACAAGAAACAGUGGGGACAAAUAUUUAGCAAUAUUUAAGAAGAUCCCUGAUCCUUAUUAUAACUAAAUUCCAAUUUUUUUUUAAGUUUAGGGUUGUUUUAAAGUAUAUGAGGAAUAACUUUAAAGAAUGUUAGUCCAUGUCGCCCAUAACCGUAGAAGUAGAGGCAUAAGUAUUUCUCAAUUCUAUCAGUGAUCAUUUAUCUGAAUUUAUCUGAAGAUCAUUUAUCAGGGCAUUUUAGAAUGCCCUGUGAUUAUGCAGCGUAAGGAAUUUGUAACAUAAUUUUAGGGACCGUCUCACAAUGUUUGUGCGUAGUUCGUAUAAUUCGUAUAAAAAACUUUGUAUCGAUUUAUUAAAUCUUUUGUAUCAUUUUAUUUUUAAUACGAACUUUUUCGUAUCAUUAAAAAUAAAGUUCGUAUGUAGUUCGUAUAAUUUUUAAAAAAGUUUGUAUACAAAUUUACUUAUACGAAGUUCGUUUAUUAUAACUGGA